AUGUUCGCUCUGCCAUCUCUUCUGCUUUUGCUGCUGUCUCUGUGUCCCGGUCCUGGUCCUGGACCCGGGAGUGAGGCAAAGGUCACCCGGAGUUGCACUGAGACCCGGCAGGUGCUGGGGGCUCGGGGAUAUAGCUUAAGCCUACUCCCUCCCGCAGUGAUCUCAGGUGAGCACCUUCGGAUCUGUCCCCAGGAGUACACCUGCUGUUCCAGUGAGAUAGAGCAGAGGCUGACUUGGGAGACUGAGGCCACCUUCAGAGGCCUGGUGGAGGAGAGCGGCUCAUUCCUGGUUCACACACUGGCUGCCCGGCACAGAAAAUUUGAUGAGGUUUUUCGGGAGAUGCUCUCGUCAUCUGAGCACUCUCUGGCCCUGCUCUUCCACCGCUCCUACGGCCACCUGUAUUCCCAGCACGCCCCUGUAUUCACUGGCUUGUUCUCUCGGCUGCGGGACUACUAUGAGAGGUCCGGUGAGGGGUUAGAGGACGCUUUGGUGGAUUUCUGGGCACAGCUCCUGGAGAAAAUGUUCCCCCUGCUGCAUCCACACUACAUCUUCUCCCCCGACUACCUGUUUUGCCUCACUCGCCUCGCCUCCUCUCCUGAUGACUCUCUGAAGCCUUUUGGGGAGGCACCCCGCCGCCUCCGCCUGCAGAUAACCCGGGCCCUGGUGGCUGCCCGGGCCUUUAUCCAGGGCCUGGAAACCGGAAGAGAUGUGGUCAGCGAAACACUUAAGAUGCCGUUGUCCGAAGGCUGUAGGCAGGCUGUGAUGCGUCUGACCGGCUGUCCUCUUUGUCGGGGUGUCCCCUCGCUGCCACCCUGCCGGGGCUUCUGCCUCAACGUGGCCCAUGGCUGUCUCAGCAGCCAGGGACUGGAUCCUGACUGGGGGGCCUAUCUGGAUGGUCUCCUGUUCCUGGCCGAGAAGCUCCAGGGCCCUUUUUCUUUUGAACUGGCAGCCCAGUCCAUUGGGGUGAAGAUCUCAGAGGGUUUGGUGUAUCUGCAGGAAAACAGUGCAGUGGUGUCAGCCCAGGUGUUUCGGGAAUGCGGGAAUCCCCAAAGGGCACCGUCCCGCGCCCGCCGAGCCCCAGCCCCCCGGGAGGAGGUGAGCCGCCUCUGGACCCCGGCGGCGGCGGGGGCGGCGGGGACGGAGGAGGAGAGGCCCACGACGGCCGCAGGCACCAGCCUGAACCGCCUGACGCUGACAGAGGCAAAAAUCUGCUAA